UCUCCUCCAGCUGCUCCGUCGAACACACGCUUUUAAAACCCGACAAAAAGGCGCAUUUGUUUCAGUAACAUGUUUAUUUUCCCGGCGUCAUCUUCCUCCUCCUCCGUGUGUUGUUUCUGGGUGAACGGCGGCGCUAGCUAGCUUAACGACAGUUAGCAAACACGCUUCGAUUUGGCUGUAAAAAAAACAACAACAACAACAACGACAACAUUUUCUUCCAAGUUAGCGAACGUAGAGCAGCUGGAGACGAGCAAAGACCCGCUGUUGGUUCUUUUACCUGUUUUAACGUGACCUUUGCCGCAAUCAGAUUUCAGGUGGUGGCCAGAUUCCUUUGGUGGAGUCUCUUUCCCCAGUUGCAGAUUAAAAGUCCACAGCGGAAUUCUACUGAUCGCUCCGUGUCCGACCCGGUUUCCCCUUUUACAGACAUCCGGCCAGCAUGUCCAGUGACCCCCCUCCUCCGUACCCCGGGGGUCCCAGCGCCCCGCUCCUCGAGGAGAAGAAUGGGCAACCAGUAACGGCUCCCGGGGCCAACGCUCCUAUACAAGGACAGCCGCUGCCUCCAGACUACGGCCCCCCGCCCUACGAGGCCACGCACCCCGGCUUCCUUCCCCCACAUGUCCCUGGAGACGGGCCCAUGCCGAUGCAUCCACUACAACCAGGUGGCCCCUACCCGCUUCCGCCCGGUCAGUUUCCUCUCCCGAUGCCAGGACAGAUGGGCCCUUGUCCCGGUCAGUUUGUCCACAUGGGGGGUCACACGGCGACCGUCCUGUCUCCCCCUGGAGCCGCCACCACUGUGACCGUCCUGCAGGGGGAAAUGUUCCAGACCUCGCCGGUGCAGACGGUGUGUCCGCACUGUCAGCAGGCGAUCGUAACCCGCAUCUCCCACGAUGUCGGCCUCAUGAACUCGCUCUUUUGCCUCUUCUGCUUCUUCGUGGGGUGCGAUCUGGGCUGCUGCUUGAUUCCCUGUCUGAUCGAUGACCUGAAGGAUGUGACACACAGCUGCCCGUACUGUAAGGGCUACAUCUACACAUACAAGCGCAUAUGCUAACCACCGACCGCCGUACGCUAGAGACAUGUACAUGCACACGCGUGCUCCCACAGCUCCUCCUGCUGGUAAUGACAGCCCCCCCCCAUUUUGCAAAGUGUUGUGUAUCCCUCUAGAAUAGUGCAGUUUUCUCAUUAGUUAAUACCUUCUGUAAAUACCGUUCAGCAUACUUUCAUCUAUUAAUAUGCAUUCGAAAUGUAGAAAUCUCACCAAACUACAGAAGUAGUUAAAGACACACAAAUGAAGAGGCAGCAGUAAGGAACUCUGUAGAAAAGACUUGUUACACACGUUAACGGGGUUAAACCCCCCCCCCCUUAAUGACAGAUUAAUCUAGCAAAAGCUGUGAAAAUGAUCACUAUUUAUUUAAAUGAAUCUGUGAAGUGUAUUGAGUUCUAACAUUCUGGGUUAGCCUUAUUGUUUUGUAUUUAUUUUAAAUACUUAAUCCACUAUUUUCACAAGUUGAUAUCACGAACUGUGAAGGUUUCUGUCCAUGUCGGAUAAUUUUAUUCUAACUGACUUCGUUUUCCUUCUGAUCGUUCUCCCUUGUUGAAUGUGAGCAAACUAACGAACCAUUUUCUGCUAAUUGAACUGAUAUAUUUGCUUUUUUGGGAAUGCCCAAGAUUGAUGUUACCUGCUAUAUUUAUUUGUCUUCUGAGCUUCAGACUAGUUACAAAUUGUUGAGUGAUUUACGUUACCGCCCUCUGUCCAUGAUGUACUUCAUUUUGAUAAUAAAGCCACGAUUUGCACUUUAAGUUGGAAUUUAAUUUCCCCAGCUGAUUCAUUCACGUUAACGACCAAGCGGAGAGAUUCAGGCUUUAAGGACUUGCAUUUUCAUCUCAUGACCAGCAGUAAAUCAUUUCAGUAGAUUUAAAGCCGAGCUACCACACGGUGACGCCGUCAUUAGCACGUCCCGUUGUUCAGCCUGUAACCCUCCCAAUAUGGCAUCAGCCCGUUAAGAUGCAUGUUGGAUAAUACUGAUGUCUUUUGGCCAAUGCUACAAAGUGACCUCUCUGCUAGGAAUAAGCUUCAGAAUAAAUGAUUGUAUCAAACAUUGUGAUUCCAUCGAGUUUACUACCAACAAGGAGACAACCAUCGUACGGCCACCGCAGCAUGUCCAAUCUGCAGCUCGCCGCCACUCGAAGGGCAGUUUGUCUGCAUGAGCCACACAUCGGGAACAGAUAAAAUCUCACCGGCUACUUUCUUGACUCUAUGCAUUUGAUUUAAUUUCUUCUUGAGGCUAAUUAAACUGUGCAAGAAGGUACAUUUUAAGUUGAAGGAUUGCAUUGAACUUUCAACACAAAGUACUGUAUGCCAUUGUUGUGGAUGACGCUGGUCUGAAUUGCUCUCUGUCUGUGAAAUGUAUAACUAUGCGAGUCAAAACUUGUUUGACGGUUGUAUACAGGUAUUAUUUUAUCAAUAAAAAAUCAGAACAUGA